GACCCUUGUUUUUAUUAGAUGCUUGUAUCUGGUAUUUCAACAAGCAUUUCAGAACGAUACUCUACCAAAGUGUAUAAUUUGGAAGGAGGAAAUUGAGUUCAAUUAAAAUCUACAUCUAAUUUUCUUUGUAUUCAGAUGAUAAGAAUAGAAUAUUAUAUUUUUAAUAAUAAUAGGCUAUCAUUUUAUGUUUAAUGAUCAUAAAUACCACUCGUAUUUAAUAUGGAGAUUGUGUAUUUGAAUAUCUUAAAUAAUACCUUUUAAGUAACACAAAAGUAACACCUAGUAAUAAAAACAAACUCAUAUGAGCUUUAUAGGAGUUCAGUGACCAAAGAUCACCUAAUUCAUUGACCAAUACUUAACAAAAGUGAUAAAAAAAAUUCAUUGCACUAACCACAAUUGUCAAUGUAAAUAUUAAACAACCAGCUUGGACCAAAUAGGCGCAAUCAAUCAAAGCAAAUUCGGAUGGCAAACAAGAAAAUCAAGGAUUAUAGAGUAGAAAGGAGUUGACCGUCCAUCUCGACGAGGAUUGUCGACUCUGAUAUUCUCGAACGACAUUUCUACUUGCUCCCGCCAAGCCUUUUCUUUCCCCGAUGGUGUUACGCCUUCAAUUUCUCAUUCACGACGGUGCGAGUUGCACAAUGCGACAGAGUGAGUCGACGCAUAGAGCGCAAAGGGAGAAAUUUUAAUGAUGGGUGAAGACAAAAGCAGCCACCAAAUUCUGACGGAUGCAUCGAAGGAAAGUUGAUCACAACAGUAAUUUCAUAUGGGAACCAGAUACGGGAAUAUGAGGAUAUCUUAAUGCUCUUGCCAAAUGGAGAGUGAGAAUGGAAAUAGAAAUUUAAGUAUUUUGGUGGUAAUGAAUUAAUUUUAAGGGUGGCAACUGAAAUACGAGCAAAAGUAUAGGGACUGAAAUACGAGCAGAAUGCAAAUGGGAAGAGAAAUAGCGCGAGAGAGAGACAAUCGGAAGAUUUUCCACCAAAAUCAAACCCUAAAAAAAACAACUGCACAUAGUGUCACAAUAGAGCCUGAAAUUCAAAUUUCCGAUCUUCGAUUGGGCGAACUUUGAUUACCUUUCACGCUGUUGCAGGUUCUAUUUCUGUCGCCAUUCUUCCGCCAUUUCUGUGUUCUAGCUUUUAUUGUUUCCUCUUGUAAUCCAGAAUUGCAUAGUUUCCCGUUGGUUGGAUUCAUCUUCUUGCUUGGUUGCCGGGAAAAUUGCCAUUUUCCACUGUGCAGUACUUAGCGAAAGUGAGACGUAGCAUCGGUGCUUUUGUUAGCUUGGUUCCAGGAUUUUUCGUUACGUUUUUGCUUGUUUGUUCGCACAAGUUGAUCGCUCUUGCUACCGAUUGAAGGUUUUUGUUGUCACUGAGUAGUUCGUCGUGAGCUUGAGAAGGAUAAUUAGACGUCUCACUGACUUAGUCUAUGGAAUAACAGUGUGGCAGGAGAGUGUUUCAACUGUUAUAGACUUGAUAGUUACUCAGUUCUUGAAUUAGUAGGCAUAUGCGAAAACAGAAUCAUGGAAGUAGAAAAUCUGAUAGAUUGUAGUCUUCCUUCUCCUCUUGUUUUAUAUAGUUCAGUAUAUUGCGGAAUUUGAUUGAUUGAAUGGGAUAUCUUGUCUCUCAGCUCUCCUGUGCAGGAUCUUAUGGAUCCUAAGGUGGAGUCUUCACCACCUGAUACCGAAGAUGCAAAAGUGACUUUUCGCAAGCCUUCGAAUGAUGUGGCUAGCAGGAAGUAUCGUAGGCGUUCGCCUGAUGUUAAGGCAUCGGGAGAUCAUGAGAGUCUCAGAAAUGAUCGCAGCUCCAGUCCAGUCUAUACUAGGGGAGGGCUUGGUAAAGAUUCUGAACAUCGAGAAAGUAGAAAGGAUGAAUGGAGAAGAUAUGACAGGGAUCAGCGUGUACAAUCUGGAGAUUCUGAUUCUCACUCUUCUAAGAAUCCCAAUUCUUACUCAAGGCCUGAUGACUAUAGCAGGCGUGAGAAGUAUUUAGAUGAAGACAGACAUAAUAAGACUUCUUAUGUGCAAAGGGAUUCUAGGGGUACUUCUCGCUCAGAUCAUACAAAACAAGAAAAUGAUAAUGGUCGGUCACGUGAUUCUAGGAGGCAUUCUGACAAAUACUCCCGUGAUAGAGAUGGUCAGAGAAGUAAGGAUAAAGAGUCAUACCCUGUUUCCGAUAGGAAACAAACUAUCUUGACUUCUGCGGACAAAGAUGGGCAUCGCCACAGGGGGGUCAGAGAUAAUCGAGAUGGUGAAAGGGGUUAUGGAAGAAGCUCUGAAUAUAGAAGUGAGCGCACAGAUUAUCGUGAGAGGUCCAGAGUACAUGUGAAAGAAUCACUCUUUUCUAGAAGGGAUAAUGAUAAGUAUCACACUAGAGAUAUUGAGAGAGGUGAUCCCGAGGAAUAUGAUGAUCGAAGAGAAAAGAAGAAGCAUUCUGAUAUUGACACUAAUAGAGACAAGGAUGCUUACUCCAGAGCAUCAGGUGAACAAAAUGAAGAAAAAUCUGUUUGCAAGGCUGAAUCUCAGGAAUCCAAGGCCAAAAGGACAAAGCUCUUCAGUUCAGAAAAGGCCGUUCAUCCCAAUGGAGAUGGUGAAAAUCAGUCCUCAGGCCCUAAGCAGGUUCCAGCUGCUGGGAAUGUUGCUAUGGGAACUAUUUCUGAAGCUACUAAUGACCUAAAUGCGGCCAAGGUUGCUGCCAUGAAAGCUGCUGAACUAGUUAACAAGAACCUGGUUGGCGGGAGCUUAAUGUCCACCGAACAGAAGAAGAAAUUACUGUGGGGGAACAAGAAGAGCACCACCACUUCAGUAGAGCCAUCUGGUCACCGGUGGGACACUUCAAUGUUUGGCGAUCGUGAGAGACAAGAAAAGUUCAACAAGCUCAUGCAAUGGUACCUAUGGCCAAUUGUAGGGCGUGAAGGGGGACGGGAAGGCGGAAUCCCAGACCAACAAGAACAACAACCAAGAGGGUCUCCAAGUCGAAAAACAGGAGCAGCUCCAGAUGGAGUUGGAGAGGCAGUACACAGCUGGACUUCGUCGACGAGAUGGACGCACGGUUGGAUUGGGACUCUGAUGAGCCGCCCUGUCGCGCUACCUCAGCACUCGUGCAGAAGCUCUUCUUCUUGGUAUGUUGUCACUGUGCAGUUUCUCCCCUCUACCCAUGCCUCGAACUAGGAAAAACAUCGAGAACUCUUUCGUCUUUUAAACUUGAGCUGCAUUUUGGUUUCCCCCCUCGGUGUAGCGAAUCUAUCGAGAUGUGUAAAUCUUACUGUUCCUCUAUUUGAUGACUUGACUGAGCUUUACAGACCCUCCAUUCUGCCAUCCGACUCUGGUAGCGAUCCGCAUUUCCUCCGAGGAUAUCAUCGUGCUUAUGACGUAAUAGGUUCUCGAAUACGAUUCGACUGUACAUCGAACGUUUUAGCGUUACAUUCAAAUGUAUUAGGGUGUGUGAAUUGGUCAUGAAUGGAUGUGCAUAUGGAAAUGUAUUUGACUAUUCUACUUACCGUACUCGGAGGGAAGUCUCAAGGAUUUUGAAUCCAUGGAUUUGUUUUUAUUGAAAUUGAAAGAGUAGGUGCCAGAAAAGCAAACGCGCAUCUCUGGCUGUUGUGGGGAAACGGAGGAAGGAAGAGUCGCCAUCCUAACGGCCAACAGCUACCAAAUUUGAAAUCCCUCGGAUCUCCCUAAUCGAGCUAAUGCAAUUUUUUCAAUUGGUUUUGUUGUAUCCAAUAUUAUAUUUGAAAAAAAUAAUAACUUUCUUUCUAUUUGAACCCUUAUGUGACGGCAUAACGUGUAUUACUAAUCAACGUUGAUUCAUCAAUGAGAGAUGAUAAUGUUAUAGAGAAGCGGUGUGUUACAUCGUUACUCGGUGCGAUAAAAGAUAGCUGAAAAGGAUAUCAUGUUCAGAACUAAAUAUAUGAUUACAUAUGUGCAGCUGGAUAGAAAUAAGAUAAAUGUGAGUGGGUGGAUUGUCGAAUAAGUCAUCCUGUGUUUUUUAAUUUAUUAAUUAGCACAAGUAUGUCUUUUUUAUGAACACUUCCGGGUUUAUUUGAAUGGCACUUAAAAGGUAUAAAAAUAAAAUAAGUUUUUAAAAGAAGAAUUAAAUUAAUGAGAUGCUGGUUAAGAACGCCAUUCCCAUUCCAUGAAUUUUGCUUAUAAAUUAGAAAGGAAAAUUGUAAAAAGGGGGGGAAAAGAUUUAAGAAAAAAGAUUUAGUCAAAUAAACAAAUCAAGAAGGCCGUCUAAAUAAUUGUGCGACCAAAAC